CGGUAAUUCUAUGUUAAAGUAUUAACUGCAAUUCAAAACCUUCAUUCAAUAUCUAAUUACGAAUAAUAGAUUGUAAUCGAUUAUAAGCAAUUUAAGUAUAAUGUGUAAAAAUAUAUUUUACUUGUUCAUCGUAUAUUUGACUGUGACCAACGUUCAAUCGGAUGCCAUAUUCAGUACAUUAAAAAAUAAACCGAUAAUUUCUACCAUCGAAGAUAACGAACUGGUUGCUGGCUUGAAAGAUAAAUUAACUAAUAAUUCUAUACUUGAAUUCGUUAGCAAUAACGUUACUCUAAAUUGCUUUGGACUUCCUGUCCGAUUAUUCGAUCAAAUUUUUGAAAAGAUAUUCACGCAAACUACGACGGCGGAAGACGUCCGUUUCUACUUUUACUCACGGAACCGUGUAAUCCCAGUAACGGUGCUGGCCAAGUCUAGAUAUUUUGAUUUGUCGGACAUCAAUUUUUCUACCAAGCGUCAAACUAUAAUUAUUUCGCAUGGCUUCAUGUCUAGCGGAAAAGAAGAGUGGAUACGUAAUAUGACACGUGCCUUUUUGCAAUUAGACGAUUUUAAUGUUAUCGUAGUUGAUUGGCAGAAAGGUAGUAAUACUUGGAAUUAUUUUGAAGCGUCUGUAAGUACGAGACUCGUCGGUUCAGAAAUUGCCAAUUUACUAUAUAAAAUUAAGCGGAAGGGUCUGGAUACGAAUGCAUUGUCCAAAAGCUUCGGGAAAUUAUACUUCGUUGGGCAUAGUUUAGGUGCACAUAUAUGUGCUCAUGCUUCGUAUAAAAUUCAACAAUUGGAGAAAGACGAUGCCGUAAAAUGGACCGUUUUCAGAAUCACUGGGCUUGAUCCAGCUCAGCCAUGCUUCAAAACGGCUGAUCCAUCAUUACGGCUGGACAAAGACGAUGCAGAAUACGUCGACGUAAUCCACAGUAAUGGUCGACAACUAAUAUUUUUGGGUUUAGGUCUACCUGGUCAAUUGGGUAAUGAUGAUUUUUAUCCUAAUGGCGGGCAAACCCAAAUUGGAUGCGAUAAUAUAAAUGCUACAUUUUGGCAAUCGCUUAUGGUGCCUGUAAAUAUUAUCAAAACUACUAUAUGCAGUCAUGGUCGAUCCCAUGAAUUUUUUACUGACUCGAUAGAAGUCAAACUUUCGGGAGUUUGCACUUAUCGAGGCCACAAAUGGAACCAAAAAUAUGAAAAUAUAAGGAGUCUUCUGAAAGAAAAAUGCAAUGACUUUUGCCCGGAAAUGGGGAUUAAUGCCAUUAAUUAUCGUAAACAAAAUAAGGAUGAAAUAUAUUUCGUACCAACUGGGGAUAAACCUAACUUUUGCGAAAUUACCAAGGAAGAUAUAGCAGCAAUAGGCAAACAACUUCGUAAAGAUCAUUUCAUGAACUAUCCAAUGCAGAUUUCUGGGGAGACUGUGAGAAGUGAGCAGAGUAGUGUUAUAGUAUUGUCAAAAAUGCUUUUUAAAAAAGGAAUGAUUUUGUCAACAUUACUUUUGAAUAUAUUCUUGAUCGAGUCACAAGGUUUGGAAAUACCAAAAGUCGCUCCCUCGGAUUCUAUAAAAUCAAAAAUCAAAAACCCAUUUGGGUCGGUGAAAAAUAUUAGUAAAACAAUCCAGCCAAAUAUACCAGAUCCCUUGGAUGCUUUCAAUAAAAUUUCCGAGCAAAUUCCCGAUCCUCUUGCCGGAGUAAAGAAUAUUACCGAAUUGAUUACAACGACUGCUGUUUUCAUAAAGAAUAACGUGUCGCUCAAUUGCUUUGGUUUACCAAUCGCAGCGUUUGCAAACGUGGUUGAAAAGAUAUUUACCCAAUCGACGAAGGCUGAAGACGUGCGAUUUUACAUAGCAACCCCAACAAAUCACACUUUGACAACUGUUCGAGUUGACAAUUUCACUCUACAAAAUACUAAUUUCGAUAUAAGACGUCCAACUGUAGUGAUUUCGCAUGGUUUUAUGGCUACUGGACGAGAUGACUGGCUGACCGAGAUGAAAGACGCUUUCUUGAAACUGGAUGACCUUAACGUAGUGCUUGUAGAUUGGCAAAAAGGAAGCAACGUGUGGAAUUAUUACUCUGCAGCAAUCAGCACUCGAAUUGUCGGUCUACAAAUUGCCAAAUUGUUUGCCAAGAUACGCGGCUUGGCGCAAGCAUCUCCCAACACACCUGGCAUCAAAGAAUGGGGCUCGCUAUACUUCAUCGGUCACAGUUUGGGCUCUCACAUUUGCGCUCAUGCUGCUUAUCUCAUUGCCGAGAGCCAGAAAAAUAAUUCCGACAGAUGGCUCGUAACAAGGAUAACUGGACUUGACCCUGCGCAGCCUUGCUUUUCCGAAGCCGACUUGAAACUCAGACUUGAUCAGCAUGAUGCACCUUUCGUCGAUGUUAUUCACACCAACGCUCGACACAUACUUUUCCUUGGACUCGGCCUUCCAGAAAAAUUAGGCUUUGCCGAUUUCUAUCCGAAUGGCGGUCAAACUCAGCCAGGCUGCGGCAAAAUUGACCCGUCGGUCUGGGAGUUUUUAUUGCUACCUAGUGACAUCAUCAAGGAAACUAUCUGCAGUCACGGAAGAUCGCACGAUUAUUUGAUCGAAUCAUUGGUAGAUCAUGCAGCCGGCAAUUGUACUUUUGUCGGUUUCAAGUGGGACAAGCAGUCGAAAGAAGUAGUCAAAUUUUCGAAAGAGAAAUGUAGCAAUGGCUUCUGCACGGAGAUGGGAAUUAACGCUGCAGAGCAUUAUCCACAAAACGCUGGUGUUUUUUUCGUUCCUACUCGCGAAGAAGCACCUUUCUGCGGUGCCCACAAUGAACAGGAGGUAUUCAAAGUUUAUUCAUCGAAAAAUCCGUUGGCACGGUUGGCCAAAAAAAUUAUUCCGCUUGGAAAUCCGUAAUUUAUCGAGUUCUCAUUUUACUAUCAAUUUCAGUUGUUUCAAAU